CCCUGCGCGGGUCAUCCUUGCUUCCCCACAUCAUCCACCUCGCAUCACCCCGCAUGCCCGUGCCCGUGCCCACGCCCGGCUCGUCUCAGACGGCGGCGGCGCCCAACGGCACGCAGCCGUCGCCGCGCGAGCUCGUCGCUGCGCUCGCCGCCAAGCGCAGUGCCAUUGAUGAUGAGCUCUCCGUGCAGAUCGACGUGCUGCGCUCGCACAACGUCGAUGCCCGCACACCGCUCAUCGACGCCCAGGGCUUUCCGCGCGCCGACAUCGACCUGCUCGCCGUGCGUGCGGCGCGCCAGCGCCUCGCCGAGCUGCGCAACGAUCGCAGCGCCGUCGAGCGCGAGCUGGCCGCGGCUGUCGAGGCCGCACUGCCGCGGCAGUCUGGUGCUGCGGCCCUUGCGACUGCGCCGGUGGCUAGCGCCGCUCCUGUGCAGGCUGCUGCACCCGGCGCUGCUGCCGCCUCGGCGCCGAGUGCGAGCCAGGCAGCGGCCGCGGCGGCGCAGGAGGACUACGCCGUCGGCACGUCGAUCCCGCCGCAGACGGCUCACGCCGUGUCGGUCAGCCUGCCGCGCUGGGCGGACAACAUCGACUACGAGGAGGGCCGCCUGACGGAUGUGAUGCAGACGGGCUAUCCGCGCUUCUUUGUGCAUCGCAAGGUGCAGGCGCUCGCCGCUCUGCUGCAGAGCAAGUUCGCCGACCCCUCGUCGCCCGAGGCCGAGGCCGUGCUGCUGCUGCCCACUGCCCGCUGCGCCUCGCGGUGUCGCUCCUUCAUCAUUGCGCAGAGCCGCGCGCAGGGGCUGGCAGCGCCCGCAGUGCGCAUCGUAGCCUACCGCAUUCCCGCGUCAAGCGUCGCCGGCGCCAACCCGUGCAACGCAGGUGCGCCGAUGGACGUGCACGUCGUGCUGUUUCCCACUUCCAGCUGGAGCCUCGCAAAGGCCUUCUGGCAGCACACGGGCGAUGGCAUCUCGAGUCGCUUUGCUGUCGAUGCGCUCGCUCGCAUCGAAGCCAACAGCACGCCUGAUCCGUCUCGGCCAUCGACAUCCAACGGCACGCCCGCCGGCAGUGCAAUCCGCUCGCGCAAUCGGCAUUACGCGCGCGCUGCGGCUCCCAGCGCUGCGGCUGCCGAGGAGGCGACUCCGCAGCCGGCAGCAGACUCGAGCAGUGCUGCAGCAGUGGCGGGCACCGAGCACGAGACGUACGUCGAAGAGCGCUAUGCACGCGUGCUGCAUGCCUCGCUCGGCUCUCUGGCCAAGAUGGCGCUGCGUCGUCGUAUCGCCGGCACAUUGCUGGCCGACCGCGCGCCUGGCGCUACGGCUGGCGCUGCAGCACCCGACGUGACAGAGGGCGAGACGGCGCCGACCGUGCGUGAGGGCACGGGCCUGCGGGAGGAUGAUGUGUAUUUGUACCCGGCGGGCAUGAGCGCCAUCUUCCAUGCGCAUCAGGCGGCGCUGCGCUGGCGGAGGCAGGAGCUUGGUCUGACGGAGGAGGAGGUAGACAAGGCGGGCAAGAGCAUCAGUUUUGGCUUCUCCUACGUCGACACGCUCAAGAUCCUGCAGAAGUGGGGCGCCGGCGCGCUGUUCUUCGGCAACGGCACGGGCGCAGAUGUCGAGGCGCUCGAGGCGCAAUUGCGCAGCAGCAGCGAGCCAGCGCCCGUCGCCCUCUUCUGCGAGUUCCCCUCCAAUCCCUUGCUGCGCUCGCCCGACCUGCACCGGCUGCGCGCACUGGCAGACGAGUUUGGCUUCCUGCUCGUCGUCGACGAGACGAUUGGCAACUUCCUCAACGUCGAGGUGCUCCCGCUCGCCGACAUUGUCGUCAGCAGUCUGACGAAGGUCUUCUCGGGCGAGACGAACGUCAUGGGCGGCAGCCUGGUGCUCAAUCCGCACUCGCGGCACAUCGAUGCGCUGCGCACGGCGAUGGCGGAGGAAUACGAAGACACCUACUACGGGCCCGACGCCUGCGUCAUGGAGCGCAACUCGCGCGACUUUGCCACGCGCGUCCACCGCAUCAACCGCAAUGCCGAGACGCUGGCCGACUUUCUGCGCGACGAGAUCGGGCGCGGCGUGGUGCGCGAUGUGUACUAUCCCAAGUUCCAGACGCGCGAGCUCUACGAUGCCUGCCGGCGCCGCACGGCGCUGCUGCCGGGCGUGUCGGCAGAGCAGGGCGGAUACGGCGGCCUCUUCUCUGUCACCUUCAGCAGUGCCGCCGCGGCCAGUGCCUUCUACGACGCGCUGGACGUGGCCAAGGGUCCGAGCCUCGGCACAAACUUCACCCUGGCGAGCCCCUACGCCAUCCUGGCGCACUACGGCGAGCUCGAGUGGGCUGCCGAGUUUGGCGUUGAGCGCAAUCUGGUGCGCGUCUCGACGGGCCUGGAGAGCGAGGACGACCUGCUGGCCACGUUUGCGCGCGCCCUCCUCGUGGCGUCGCGCGCGGCCCGCGCUGCGCGGUGAGGCGCUGGGCACAAUGCAACGCAAGUCACCGAUG